AUGACAAUGAAAUCUCUGGUGAAACAUCUCGGUGACCAAUUCAAUAUUCCACAAGAAGAACUCGCCAAUUUUGAUAUGAGUCAAUUUGUUGACAAUGCGAUCAAAGUUGAGAAAGGCGAAAUUGCAACACUUCGGGUAACUUAUUUUUGGAAAAUUUUUAAAACUCAACAAAAAUGUUUCUAGAAACCUCCAAGUCCAGCUGUGAUUUUCCGAGAAAGAGCAUUCAGCUACAGUAAUCUAAGAAAAUCAAGUGAAUUGAAAUAUGUGGAUGAUAGUCGAGUCAGCAAAGUUACAGGUAUUGUUUUAUAACAUAAAUUCAGCCAUUUCUAAUUUCGAAACAAAUUUUCUAUCAAAAAUAAUCUUUAAAACUCAAUUUAAAUUGCAGAUCUAACAGUUGUUCAAGACACAACUCGAACUUUGGAUACUUUACAAGGUUUGGUGAGCGGAUUGAAAGCAGAUUCAAUGAUUCCACGUCUCGAACUUGAUGUUCAUCAUUUCACAGAUAUGUCUGCACCAAAUUCGUUCGAUGAGGAUUAUAUGAGAACUUAUACAUUGGCUCGCUACAAGUAUCCACCGAAAUAA